UUCCGUCUGAUCGUGAUGACUAUGGUACAUGUAAUAGCCGUCAACACCAUCCUCUACAAUCGACGUCACAUCCUGUGUACCAGGAUCCCUGAAAUUCGUCACUUUCGAAAAAAAAUGGCGAAUGUCGCUUGGCCUGGCGUUCCAAAUCAGUCUGCGCCGUCCUCUCAUUGGGGACAGUAUAAUCCGGGGGUUAUGCCACCAAUGCCUGGCACUGAAGGAGCCCCCAAUGCAAGUUGGGAAAUCGCUCGAAAGGCCUUGGAGAAGUUAGGCGAUGAACCAUUACCGGAUGCAGCAGGUACCAUCUUGGGAAGAAGCAGCGGUAAGUCAAGUGAAAUGACCAAGACAGAUGCAGGAAAGAAGAAGAGCCCGAAGAAUCAGCCAGCAAAGGACAAGCAGCAGACGAAACAAGACGGAGAAACAGAUCAACAGCAGCAAAUGCAGCAGCAGAUGAAACAAAUGCAGCAAAUGCAGAUGCAGCAGUACGCCAAUUACUACAGCCAUUACAGUGGAAUGAACCCAGCCCAGUUUGGUUAUGGGUAUGGCAUGCCCCCACCAAUGGGCCAGUAUGGCAUGAUGCCAGGCUAUCAGCAGGGACAGGACGUGUAUCAACAGUACCAGCAAGGAAUGCUCGGUAACUUUCCAAACCACCCUCCAUCGCAGGGUCCGCCAUUCCCACCAGGUGCCCCCCCUCCGAGCCAGCCCCCACCCCAGAACCCCCCGCUCCCUUCUGCGCCCAGCGACAGUGUAGGUAAGACCACAGGUGAGGAGAAUAAAUUAGGUAAUAACAGCAGUGGCAACUCGCAGCAGGGUGGCAAUGGGGGGAACAGGGUUGGUGGUGCUGGUGGCAGGAUGGGCCAGUCCAACCAGGGUGGUACAGGAAGCAGUUAUGGCUUCCCUGGCCCUAUGAAUAGAGAAGUUCCUACUCCUAAGAGAGCUGCUGAUGACUGGAAUUCUCCACCGCUCAAGCAGCCUCCUGAUGCAGGAGGAAUCAGGUUCAAUAUGCGUAAGAGACCAGGGUUCUCCAGCGGAGCGAACAUAGACAGCAACUCUAACAACACCCAGCAGCAACAGCAAAGAAACCAGCAGCUUCAGCAGCAGCAGCAGCAGUACUGGCAGAAGAACCACAGGCAACAACAGCAGUACCAUCAGCAGCUGAGACAGCGUCAGCCUCAACACCAGCGACAGCAGCAGCAUCAACAGCAGCGUCAUCAACAGCAGUGGCAACAAACAAGCAGACAGCAAGGUCUUGAAGGAGGCCAGAUGCAGGCUGGUGCUCCCUCUCCAGUCGGCAGUGGCGAUACAAGCAAACAAGCAGACAAAGCACCUGCACAAGCUGGAAGUACGCCGGCAUCACACACUGAUUGGCCUGACAGCUUAAAAGAAUACGUGCAGAGAGCUUUUAGUUGCUGUGAUUCUGAAAUCGACAAAGAUGCCAUUGAAGCAAAACUCAAAGAGAUACUCACAGAUGCAUUCACAGAUGGCACAGCCUGGACAAAGGAUUGGGAUAAACAGCCUCUACCAAAUGAACUUUUGGCCAGCCCAAAGAAGGUGUCCCGAUGGGACGCAUCUGUCCACCCCCUAAGCCAACAACCUCCACCCCAACGGAAUCUCUCCCAGAACACACAGCCGCGCGCAGGCCACACUGCAGGUUACGACAGCCGGCACUCUGCUGUACCUGUACACUCACGCUCUGGACGGAGGAUAUAUGGUUUUGCGCGAGAACGCUCCUACAGCCGCUCCAGGUCGCGCUCCUGGAGUCGGUCCAGAAGCAGGUCACGUAGCCGAAGCAGGUCUCCAUACUCCAGGAGGUCAAACAGGAGACGACGUUACAGCAGUGAUAGUGAUUCGGAGGGUAGACGUAGCCGGGACCACAGGGACGACUAUAUCCCCCUGCGGGGAGACUGGAAAGAAAUGCAACUGGAGAAGGCACAGGCAAAAGGACGAGGGGGUAGGGACAAGGGUCAGGACAGGGGUCGUGGAAGGGGCAAGGGCCGUGGUAGAGGUCGCAACAAUGAGGCUGGUGAAUCCAACAAAGAUAACAAACAGGCAGUGAAAAAAGUUGGAAAAGGAAGGGGAAAACAACAAAAUAUGAAAGGAUUUGACUAUCAAGAUCCUCAGAAAGAAAUGAGGAUGCAGAAGCGAGCAGCCCGCUUCCAGGACCAUCUGGGCGAUUCAGCUUCCAAAAAGAAGCAAAGAACUCAAAAACUCACCCUGCAGAUUGAUGGCUUCUUGCAAGGGAAUGAAGAGGAAGAUUCAGGCUGGUCCCUUGAACCAAUUGUUGGUACCAGUCAAGAAAUCACCAAGCAGUACUUACGUCUAACUACGGCACCUGAGGCAUCGACAGUCCGUCCUGUCCCAGUUCUCAGAAAAUCUUUGGCAAUGGUCAAGGAUCACUGGAGGACAAAGCAGGACUAUGCCUUUGUGUGUGAGCAGCUCAAGUCCAUCCGUCAAGAUCUAACAGUGCAGUGCAUAAGAGAUAACUUCACUGUUGAGGUGUAUGAGACUCAUGCAAGAAUUGCACUCGAAAAGGGUGACCGAGAGGAAUUCAACCAGUGUCAGACUCAGUUGAAGGCCCUGUAUGCUGAGGAGCAUAUUGAGGCCCAAAACAUGAAAGAGUUCACUGCUUACCGCAUACUCUACUGCCUGCUCACCAAAAACACACUCAGUCUUUCCACUGACUUGGUUAACUUAAAACCUGAAAUCCGUAAGGACCCAGUAGUUAAGCAUGCGUUGGCCCUCCGCUCAGCCUGGGCCCUGUCGGACUAUCACAAUUUUUUCAAGCUGUAUCGUUGUGCACCGUGCAUGGGUGCCUAUUUGAUAGACAUGUUCCUGGAGAGGGAGAGGAAAAGUGCAUUGUCUGCAAUUAUCAAAUCAUAUCGGCCCAAUCUGGAUGUUGCUUUCAUUGAGCGUGAGCUGGGGUUUGAGAGUCCCGAAGCAUGCCUUGUGUUCUUGAAAAGCUGUGGGGCAACACUGAUGGGAGACGACACUAAGUUGGACUGCAAGCUGAGCAUGGCCAUCUUGGCCUCGCUCUAGGGUGGCUGGGGUGAUGGGUGGUGCCAUUUUUCCCCCCUCAGAAUUCAACCUGCCUUCUAAAUCCAGUGGUGUUUAAGUCUCGGUUUGAUAAAACCUUCAAAUGGACCAUCAGCGUAUGCAGAAGAAUAGCAGCCAUCACCAGCGCGCCAUCCUGAGAUCCAGAUAGCUCCUCUCAGAUUGGGACCUUUACCUCAUUCAGUGCUUAGAAAGUAUGUCCUCCACACAGUGCAUAAAAGGCCAGAUUCUCCACCAAACACUCAUGAUUUCCAGCUGUGAUCCAGCAUAAACGCACUGGAAAUUGAAUACGUUUAACCUAGAUGUUUUGAUAAUCUGUUCAACCCAGAUGGCACGUUUUGAUAUGAUUGCCUCAUUCAUCCCAGCUGCAUUUCUCACAGACUCCACUUAUUGAAGCAUUAAAUCGGUGAAGCGUCACAUCAAGGCGUGCAUUUCACCUGUUCUUACUAAAGUGAACUCAAUGUCUUAAAGUGUGGCUGAGCCCUGGAGUGUUUUUCAAAUUUGCCAUGUGGAUUUCAUGCCAUUGCAACGUCAGUUCGAGAGAAACCCAGUUCAAGAGAGGGGAUGGAGUCAGGGGUUUGAAGUUGCAGGAACACUUCCUGUGUCAUUGUACCUGAUAAUUCAUCCAGCUGAUUUUCGUAGGUCACACUGAAGUUCAAGGUUUUGAACAACUUAAUCUUGUCUCAAAGUGAUGCCACUGAACAGCGAAGGAAUCAUUUGAACCGACAACAUUUCACUUCCAACAAAGUCUCCUGCAGCUAGAAAUGACUAUGAACAAUAUUUUGAUGUCUUCUGAUGUUCACCUUGGUGCUCCCUCACCUGCUGAGCUGUUGAUGCUUUGCCAUUCUUCCAGUUUUGGAUUGGCACCUACCCAUCUCCCAACCCAACCAGCCAUAAGAUAACGUUUUCUUUGUCCAAUAUGGAGUUGAAAUGUUUUUGUUUUAUUUUUGUUUUGAUGCUUUUCUCAAUCUUUUCACAGGAAGAUCAGCGUAACACCUGCUACCUUUAUUCAUUUCACAAUGAUCUGUGCAGCAGGUAGAAAUGACAAACUUUCCAAAUAUGUGCUUUCACUUUAUCAGUCUUCCUCAUCUUCCUCCCCCCCCCCCAUUUUCUGAGUGGUCCGUUUUUCUUUGCAGAAAUCGUGUUGUUAAUUUCGUACGGCCUUGUGACCAGUUUAUUUUUAUCUUUUGCCACAAGGCCCAUAAUAAUUCAUGUGUGUCAGCUUGCAAAUAACAAGUAAGAAGGUGCUUGUUUGUAUCCUGUUAAUUUUCUCGAAGCAUGGACACAUUUAUAUUUGAUUCUCCGAGAGGGAAACGAGCAAUAACAAAAAGCCGGGGUAAUUUUUGAAAAUUGCUUAAUUUUACAGUCCUUGUAACAAAUGGAUGCUUUGCGACACUUGGUGACGGCUGACAAACAAGUCCUUUUCCACAGAUGUGCGAGUGCUCAGAACUACCUUGCAUACCCAGAACUGUGCACACAUGCCCAGAAUUGCCAAAAAGGACCAGUUUGUCUUCUGCCACCAAGUGUCACAAAGUCUCUCUUUACUAUUUCCUUUUAGUGUUUUAUAUGUCACAUGCUAUCACAGAUGCUGCAUGUGUCAUUUUUCAUUGCUUAGUUGACAGUGCGAGCUUUGAAAAUGAAAGUGGUCUUAUCUGAAGAACCUCAUAUAGAUGUUUUAUAUAUUGAGAAUAUUGCAAGAAUUCUGCUUCUCCAAAAGGAGUAGUUUUAAAUUGAUUCCUAUAUCACAAGGCACUAAUUCCUCAAAUUGAAUUAUUGAAAAUUUGUACAAAUGAAUUGUCCAUGUUGUAAAAUGGUGAUAUGGGUGUUAAUAGAGAUGUUGACAGCGAUUUAUAUGAAAAAAUUGCAAAGUUUCUCCAUUUUGAACUGAUGUGUCAAAUUUAAAAUGUAUUCGAUGAAGAUUGCAAGACCCUAUUGACCUUUUUUGACUGUUUGGUACACAUUUGCCAUGAAGCUAGGGGUGUAUGUCAGAGGAAGAAAUUGUGUUUGGUAUCGUCAAGAACGGAACUCGAAUGGGGUUUGAUGCCCAGCAAGUGGAAGCGCAGUGGUGUAGCGACAUUCAAGUUUUCAGCUUGUACGGGACUGGAUGUGCACGAGGGGAAAUGCCACUGCUGCUGAAAUUGUGGUGAUAGAAAAUAGAGCUAUGGAAGGAUACCAGCAUUGCCAUUUGUCAUCAACAUGUACAUUGUCAGACAGAGGUCCUUAUUUCUUGUGUUGAUUACCCCUUAAUACCUGCUUUUAUAUUCUUUGUAGUGCCUGUUAAACCAGUUAUUGUAAGUGCUGCUGCGGAGACUGUGCCCAGAAUUUUUGUAGGCCAGAUACAUGUAGCUAGAUAAAUGAUACGUGUACUGCUUUUCUACCCGAGCAGAUUGUACAUGAUACCAACCACUGAGCUGCCUUUUUCUAGAUUGAAUUGGGGAAGGAAACCGAUGUUGAGUUUAUGUUGAAUUUCGAUAAGUUGUGUGUUAUUCUUAUGCACCGUGUAUCCUAAAUCUUGCAAUCUUCACCUGGCUGACAUUUUGGAUGUGAUAUCAUGUGACGUAUUCCAGUGUUAUUUAUUUUUGUUUUAUUCUUUGCCCUGGCAAAUUGAGUCUUGAUGUAGGCUAGACAUACGCAUACCUUUCAUAAAAUUUACACAGUGUCUGCUUUUAUCGAUGGUGGUAAAAAAGGUAAGCCAACAUUUUUAAAUAUAUGGUUCACGCGUGUUCUCCGUGAUGUUAAGCUUUCAUAAAGACUAACAUGGCUUAUGUGGUUGACCGUACCGACCCUUAGAAGGGUCAGAAAACUUGCUUUAACAUGUCGCUCAUGAAUUCAAGUACGUGUAUUGGGCAGCAUUUUUCCAAGGUCAAGAAUGAUCAUGAAAGGUUGCCCAGAGUGUGUCUUGAAAUAAUAAAAUAUUCACUUCAGAAAUACAAGUAUUUAUGAUAUGCGGGGAUAUGUUUUUUGACACCUUUUAUUGUCGGACGCUCCGAAAUUUACGACGCAUGUCAACAUAGACUUCUCACCAGUCCCUGUGAUGGCUCUCCAAUCAACGAUGAAGGUUUAAGUUUAAUAUACAUUUCAAAGGCUUUUAGUUCACAUGACGUUUGAAUUAGUCGAUGUUAUAUAUUGUUAUAUACAUGUAAUUGUUAUAUAUUGUAAAGUGAACCUUGUGUAGAAAAAAAAAAAUCGUAGAAAGGAA